ACCGCCGGCGCCGGCCGGGAGUACCGCUUGUUGGCCGGGUGUAGGUGCGGGAUCUGCUCCGGGUUCUUUCCCGGAGCGGCUCUGAGGAGGGAGGCGUAGGUAGUUCGGGAGCACUGUUGACACGCGGACGGCCGCAGGAACGGUUCAUGCCCGCGCCCGUCCCCAGGGGCGCAGGCACGAAGAAGUGGCAGGACAGAUGCAGCCCUUGGACAUCGUCGAGCUGGCGGAGCCCGAGGAGGUGGAAGUGCUGGAGCCCGAGGAGGACUUCGAGAAGUUCCUCCUGCCCGUCAUCAACGAGAUGCGCGAGGACAUCGCGGCCCUCACGCGGGAGCACGGCAGAGCCUACCUGCGGAACAGAAGCAAGCUGUGGGAGAUGGACAAUAUGCUCAUCCAGAUCAAAACGCAGGUGGAGGCCUCGGAGGAGAGCGCCCUCAACCAUCUGCAGAACCCCGGCGACGGCGUGGACGGCAGGGCGGCCAAGAGAUGCGAGAAGGCCGAGGAGAAGGCCAAGGAGAUCGCGAAGAUGGCAGAGAUGCUGGUGGAGCUGGUGCGGCGGAUAGAGAGAAGCGAGUCGUCCUGAAGGAGCGCGGGCGGUUCACAGCUGAUGGAUGCUGGUCACCUGGGCUGACACCACGAGAAAGCUGAAGUAGCUUGUUUAUUUUGUUUUUGUAUGUUUCUUAUCUGCAUGCGACAGUCUCCCUCAGGGUCAGUGGUUGUGUAAGCGAGCCAAAAGAGAAUUCUUCCUUCGGAUGCACAGCAAGCCAGUAAAAGACUGACAUGGAGAUUUUGCAGUGAGGAAAGGUAGGCUAUUUAUUGGAGAACAGGGAGCUAAGGCUUCAAGUCCCAAACUGCCCGAUGACUUACAGGUGAGGGUUUUUAAGCGCAAAAUUUGGUCAGGGGAUGUCUCAGCAGGUGGAUGCUGUUGGUGGUUUGGAGGUGAAGUUGUGUUCACAGGCUUACUUAGUUAUUCUGGUCCCACAGAGGUCUGUCUGUUCAAUUUCGAGAGACUUAGAAUUUGAAGAAUGUCUUUCUUUCUUUCUUUUUUUUUUUUUUUAAGAUUUUAUUUGUCAGAG